GUUCUGUGCUCUUGCAAGGGGAUUUCGCUCUGCCGAAGCACUCUAGCUGUGUCCCGAUCGAGGGGUACUGAAUCUUUUGCCUUUGACUGAUGAAUCUGAAUCCCCCCCGGUUUCUCGUGGUAAUUGCCGCCUGGUACUGCUGCUGCCUGCGUGGUCGUCACUGAUUGUGGUUCACUCGUCUGGCGGGGUUGUCCGUCCAGCGAGUGGAAGCUUCACUCAUGGUGUCUUUAUAUUGCCACCCACUCCCUCGACUUUCCCUGCACUGAAACCCACUCCCCACAAGCCAUUCUGUCAUUGAACACUAGUACGGACUGUGAGCUCUCAUAGUCACCAGUUCUUUUUAAUGUGAGCUAAGGUGGAGUUGAAGAGAUGUUUGAGUGAGUGAGUGAGUGAGUGAGAGAGAUAGUUAGCGAGAUUUUGCUGCAUUGCAGCUAACGUGCGGACAGUCCUCGCACACUGCGUGAGUACAAUGAUAAUGCCCACUUCAGACUCGUGCAUUGCAACACCCGUCUGUCAGAGGGACUGGUUAAGGUCUGGUGAGUGCUCGUGGAGCUCAAUUUGCACUUCUCUGGAUCCGUGACUCUGAUCUAGUUCUGUACCUUAAGGCUCUUUGCAUGAAGUUUGGGUUCCGACAGUGAGGACCGUUUGCCGGACAUCACUUCAAUAAGGUGACGGUGAGGAGUAGUAGAAUAGCGGCAUCAAGUUUUUAUCAAGUUCAUCUCUGCAGGAGUUCUUAUCAAUCGAUCAGUAGUCUCUAGUGGAGGACUGUUGAUAAUAAUAGGGGCUCUUUGAAGGACCACGACUUCCUGCUGGCUUCACUCUAGCAGAAAACUGCCAUGGUGAAGUUUGAGCAGCAGCUCCAGAGGGAGCUGGUGCCAGAAUGGCAGGAGGCCUACUGCAGUUACGCCGACCUCAAGGCUGACCUAACACGCAUCAAGCAGCACCGAAUCAUGGGGCCGACCUACACUCGCACAGGGUCGUUGGGGCUCUUGAAGUCUCUGGCCUCCUUCAAGCCGUCCAACUUUAGCGGCCCUCUAAGCCGCUCAGGAAGCCGUGCUUGGAGACCAGAUCACAUGAUCUCGUUCUCACCACGGGGAUAUCAAUCUAAGGAUAUUAUCUCGGUAAACAAGAAAUGGACGGCGCAAAAAGAAGUGUACAUCACUGAGCUGCGAGAACCGCUUGCGCUCUCACCGCAAGACAAGACCUUCUUUGUCCGGCUCGAUGCGCAGCUGACUGAAGUGAACAAAUUCUUCAGGAGUAAGGAGGCAGAGUACAUCGACCGAGCACGGGUCCUGGAGAAGCAGAUGCUGGCUUUGAUAAACUUGGAAGAGGAAAUGGCUCGGCGGGGUCUUACAACAUCGGAUUGCUUGGCGACCAGAGAUGACCACCUUCCAGCUAUGAAGGAAGGCGCUGAUGAGCUGCCUCUCUUACCGGAUGGAACGGACAAGUCCGGUGGGUUCCAGGUGCAGACAUUUCCAAUGCAAGCGUCCAACGGGGAUCGUGAGCACAGCGAUGAUUCAGAAGAGGGUGAACAGGACACCGUCAUUCAAGAUUACAUUUUUCAAAUGUCAAAUUUGAAGCAGAGAAGAGGCAGUUGUAGAGACGCUGAACUUGAGAUAGACGUACCUAAUGGGUCACAAGGUUCAAUUUCGUUGAUAGCACCAGGAACCCAGUCUCCUCGAUCGGUGCGAUUUUCCCCGGUCUCUUCGGAUGGCUCUUCCGUGCUACCCUCCCCAAGGUCGGUGCUGAAGAAAGUUUCCCAGUUUUCUGAUGACUCGGAGCGUGCCCACCCAGGGCCUGACAAUACUAGCGCUGAAGUCGAAGAAGGUGAAGUGCCUGACGAGGCUGGCGACAUUCCAGAAGAUGACAUCGAAAACCAGAAGAAUCAAAUCUAUAAAUCCGAGAAAGAGCUCAAUCAUGCAAAGAGGCUUUUGCGUCUUGCUUUUGUAGAGUUUUACAGAGGGCUCGGCUUACUAUCUAGUUUCAGGUCUUUAAACAUGACAGCUUUCGCUAAAAUUUUGAAGAAGUAUGAUAAGACCACAGGAUGGAACAUGUCGCCAAUCUACAUGAAGGAAGUCGAAAGCUCUUACUUCGUCACUUCAUCAAAGGUACACAAGUUGAUGAACAAGGUGGAAGAGUUAUACGCAAAGCAUUUUACCGAUGGUGAGCGAAAGAAAGCUAUUUCUCAUUUGCGGCCAGAGCGAAAAAUAGGGUCUCACAGGACGACAUUCUUUAUAGGUCUAUUUUCGGGCACUUCCGUAGCAUUGAUCAUUUCGUUCUUCUUCUUGGUGGACAACAAAAAUGCUCUGGGUCGUGGUCAUACAGACACUGCGCACAAUUACGUGAAAAACGUCUUCCCCAUAUUUAGCACGCUGAUGUUGCUUUGGCUUCAUAUACUCUGCUACGCCGGCAACGUGUAUAUGUGGGCAAAGACUCGUAUAAAUUACCCAUUCAUCUUCGGGUUUUCUUCAGGCACAGAGCUCCGAUACCGCGAAGUUUUGCUUCUAGCCACUGGAUUGUCGACUUUUUUACUGGCAGGCAUGAACCUUCAUAUUGGAGUGACCUUGUUAAUAGCGCCUGAGGAGACAGUGAACGAAGAAAGUAUCGUGAUAAAUCAUCGCAUGGUGGCUGAUGUGAUACCCUUGCUCCUAGUCUUGGUAUGUUUGGUGGCUUUAUUCCUUCCAUUCAAUAUUUUGUAUAGAUCCUCGCGGGCGUUUUUUCUGGGCUGCUUUCGACGUCUGGCUUCCGCUCCAUUUGUCAAGGUCACACUACCAGAUUUCUUCCUCGGUGAUCAGUUGACAAGCCAGGUGUUGCUGUUCAGAAAUCUUCAGUUCAUGACUUGCUACUACCCCACUGGAUACUUUCUGAAAGGAGAAAUCGGCAAAUGUGACCUGGAUGAUGUCUACAGAGGGUUUGGAUAUGUGGUGGCGCUACUCCCAUUUUGGUGGCGUUUUUUGCAGUGUCUUAGGAGAUAUUAUGAUGAGAAGGAUACACACCAGCUAGAGAAUGCUGGAAAGUACAUGUCAGCGAUUGUAGCAUUGGAACUGAGACAAGCGUAUUCGAACCACGAAAAUUUGAAGGUAUUGGGGGCGUUUUCUGUGAUAACAUCCAUCAUUGCCACCAUCUAUGCGAGCUACUGGGAUUUGUGUGUCGAUUGGGGUCUGCUCAACCGCAAAUCAAAGAACAAGUGGCUACGAGACAAGAUCAUCUUACAGAGGAAAUCCGUCUACUUCGUGUGCAUCGGUGCAAAUAUUGUGCUCAGGUUAGCAUGGAUGUUGUCAAUCAUGCGACUCGACAGAAUGCUUGGCUUUGUGCAAUACAAGAACGCUUUCAAUGCGGGUCUUGCUGCAUUGGAGAUCAUCCGCAGAGGAAUUUGGAAUUUCUUCCGCAUUGAGAAUGAGCAUCUGAACAACGUUGGCAAGUACAGAGCAGUGAAAACUGUUCCGUUGCCAUUCAAUAACGAUUAAUCAAGAAUGUGGCGCUGAAUCCAACAUCAUGAAACUGUCGGAGGAUGGUCUAACCUGAGAAUAUACUAAGAGAGCCAGGGUCCGUAUCAUUCCAAACGAAGCCUCCACAUCAGCAGGUGGGGUGAAACGAGCACCAUGGCUACGCAAUUUUGUUAUUAUCCAAGGUAAUCCAAUCAACCGGAGCUGCUCCAUAAGGAAAGCUACAACUGCAAGAGUUUCACAUCUCCGAAGCUGUGCACCCACCUGUUCGCGACUGCGAACAACACAUCGACGUGCCACUAGCCAUUGCAUAUAACUGACCUAGCCAUAAUGGUGGUGGCCGAGAACUAUGCCAAUUUCUGUUCUCUUCCCUGUACAUUCAUUUUACCACAAUUUUCUUCAUACGAUUUGAAAAGUUAUGAGCUUAUAACUGCGAUUGUACGAAAGAAUUUUCCCAUUUCCUCACGCACCACAAGCCAAUGGCCAUUUUCUCAUCCCUGUAGAUGGCUCGUGGUGCGUGAGGAAACAUUAUUUACUUGCUGUGAACAAGUUGACUUGAAUUCCAGGCUCGACCCAGCCAAAUUUAAAGGUGGGUACAAUUAUUGUCAUUGUCAGAAAGGUGUCUGUAUGUGAACAGUGUGUUCGAAGUAGAAAACCUGGCACUUUCGCUAUUCGAUCACCCAAAUCGAUGCCAAAUAAAUACAAUGCUUACAUUUUCAGAA